AUGAACACAGAGAAUUUUCGUUUCUACAUUAAAGUGCGUACUGCACUAAAUAUUGAAGCAAGAACUAUUCACGACGAGCUGCAUACGGUUUUUGGUGAUGAAGCUCCUUUUUAUCGAACAGUUGCCAGAUGGGCUCAAUGGUUUCGUGAAGGUCGAGAAGAAAUUGAAGAUGAAGAACGAUCUGGAAGACCUGUAACUGAGACUACUCUUGACAAUAUCGAAGAAAUUCGUAGUAUUGUUAACGAUGAUCCUCAUGUUACAAUAGCAGAAUUACAGGAGCAUACUGGUCUAAGCUAUGGCACCGUUCAUCGAAUAUUAUCGGAUCAUCUGGAACUUAGAAAAAUUACUGCUCGUUACAUACCCAAACAGCUAACGGAUUAUCAACGAAAUGAACGAGUUCGAAUAUGCAAAGAAAAUCUAUCAAAAUUUACAGAAGGAGGAUGGCGUUUGUCUGACGUGAUAACAGGUGAUGAAUCGUGGUUUUUCCAUCAGCAAACUGGUCGAAAAGUUUCCAAUGCUGCUUGGGUGGCAAAAGAUGAUCCUCCACCAACAAUAAUACGACGAAAUAAGUUUGCUCCUAAGACUUUAUUUUGCAUUUUCUUUAAAUCAACUGGUCCUCUUCUAAUCCAUCGUGUCGAACGUGGACAGACUAUCGAUCGCCAUUAUUACAUCGAAAAUUGUUUGCAACCUGUCAUCGAAGAAAUUAAGAAACAAAGACCUUCCUCAGGUACUCAUGCUAUCAAACUUCAUCAUGAUAACGGACGAGCACAUGUUCAUCAAGAUGUCCUCGAUUAUCUUCGUUCUGAGGGAAUUACCAUAGUACAACAUCCGCCCAAUUCUCCAGAUCUAUCUCCCUGUGAUUUUUGGUUAUUCGACCUUAUCAAACAAAAUCUAACUGAUCAACCUAAUUCCGAAACGUUACAUCACGCCAUAACCGAGUUUAUGUAUUCUUUAGAUAAAGACGAGUAUAGAAAAACGUUUGAGAAAUGGAUUCAAAGAAUGCAGUUGUGUGUAGAUAAUCAAGGCGAUUACUUUGAACAUUUAAUCAAAUAA